AUGAAUUUAAAUCCUAGUGUAAUAAUAUUACCAAGAUACUCUACACAAAAUCACUAGAGAUCGUUUUUGCUUAUUUUUAUGAGGCUAACAUUUGGGGAAACAAACAUGCGCAAAAACAUUAAUUGAUACUCUGUCAUCAUUCAUAUAUAAAAACUAUUCUAUUUGUUAAUAAUCUGUUACUAAUAGAGUAAGCAUGGUGUAUAUGUUAUUUUGAAAGAAAUUUGUGAAGAAGUUAACUUCUUUUUUUUUCAUACAUUGAGAAAACUGAUUAUUAAAAUAAAUAGAAUAUUACUGUAGAAUAUUAUUAUAAUUCAAUUGUAAUAUAUAUUUGCGCGAAAAUUGUAAAAUAAUGUGUAUUGUAUUUUGUUAGUAGUUUCUAAAAAUUUAAAUAGGUUAGUGAAUACGAGUUAUCAAAAUUAUUACAUUUAAAUUAAUUUAUUUAAAUUAAUUACAUUUAAAUAUAGCAUAAUUUAAUACACAAAAAUUCUUAAAAAUAUUUACAGUGUUCAAUAUGUCUGAAUCUGUGGAUACUUCUGAAUUUUCUAAAGAAAAUAUAUCUGCGCAGCCUGAUAUAUCUAUUCAAACUGAUGUUAGAGAGAAGAAACCAACAUGUAUCAUUAUUCUUGGAAUGGCUGGAUCUGGUAAAACUACAUUUGUACAAAGACUCGUUUCGAUAUUGUAUAAUGUAGGAAAACCAUAUGUCAUAAAUUUGGAUCCUGCAUGUAGAGAAGUUCCUUAUCCUGCCAAUAUAGAUAUUAGAGAUACUGUCAAUUACAAGGAAGUAAUGAAACAGUAUAGUUUAGGACCAAAUGGUGGUAUUGUUACUGCCUUAAAUCUUUUUUCUACAAAAUUUGAUCAAGUUAUAGAACUUAUUGGCAAAGCAAGCAAAGAACAUGAAUAUGUAAUUUUGGAUACUCCUGGACAAAUUGAAGUUUUCACGUGGUCAGCAAGUGGUACAAUCAUAACAGAAGCUUUAGCAUCUGAAUUUCCAACAAUUGUAGUAUACAUAUUGGAUACUGUAAGAAGUGUGAAUCCUGUAACAUUUAUGUCCAACAUGCUUUAUGCAUGUUCUAUACUUUAUAAAACUAAAUUACCAUUUAUUGUUACUAUGAAUAAGAUCGACAUUGUAGAACACAGUUAUGCAGUAGACUGGAUGCAAGAUUUUGAGGCAUUCCAGGAAGCUUUGGAUUCAGAAACAAGUUACAUUAGUAAUUUGACACGUAGCAUGGCUCUUACACUUGAUGAAUUUUAUAGCCAUUUACGUAGUUGUGGAGUUUCUGCUGCAACAGGGGCUGGUAUUACUAAGUUUCUUGAACUUGUUAAAGAUGCGAAAGAAGAAUAUGAAAGGGAAUAUAAGAAAAUUUGGAGAAAAAUGAAGAUAAAACGAGACGCUCAACGACAAAAAGCAGAAAAAGAACAAUUUGAGAAAGCAACUCGGGAAGUUGCAGGAGAAGAUAUUCCAUUAAUAACAACAGUUAAUAGUGGAAGAGAAAUAUCAGACAUAUAUUUGAAACACGCUGGUAAUGAAUCGAGUGAAGAUGAAGAAGGUACCGAAAAUCCAUUUAAAGGAGAAGAGGAAGAUGAAGGAGAUAAAAUGGAAGUAGAGUCUUUUACAAAUUUCUUAAACAGACACAAAAUGCAACAAAAGAAACAUACAGUUGGUCAAUCCACGACAAGCAGUAAUACAUAAUUUAAAGAGAAACGCAUAAGUUUUGUUAUUAAGAAAUGAAUUUAAUAUAAAUGCAUUGUAUUUUGAACUUUAUAUUUUAUAAUUACAUAUUUAAUAGAAAAUGUUAUUUUACAGAUUUAUUUGUUAAAUAG